AUGUCGUGGAUGGACUCUUGGUCUCGUCCGAGCAAACAUGCCGUCACUCCACCGCCCCUAUACCUCACUGUCGGCGACGCAGUCCCAUAUUGCCACAGCUGCGGUCGAGUCAUCGGCGACCGACGUAAGACACAAAAGGCCGCAGAAGUAAAGUACUGCUCAGCCAGAUGCCGCAACAGCAAACCCGGCCCAAUUGACCGUAAAAUCGAAGCCACCUUCGCAGCCCUGCUAAACGGCGCGAGUAUAGAGUCGUUGAAGGAAGAUGCGGGGGCCGAGCCUGCAAGUGACGGCGUUAAGAUGAAUCGAAAUGAAGAAGACAAUGAGCAUGGAAAAGGCCGCAAAGGCGAAAAGAAGCACAAGAAGAAGCCCUCCAAGACGACAAAGGGCGAUCAGAGAAUCAUUGUGGAAUGCAGCACUGUGGAAGAAAUCGUCUUUCAGCGCGAAAAAGACCCCGAGAAAGUGUACGGGCGCCGUAAAAAUCGCAAAGCGCGCUUUGUAGUCGAGAAGCCAGAGGACUGGCGAAGCGUAGACAUGGUCGAUCACCCUGCACCAGGAACUGCUUCCAGCGGCACAGAAACUUCAACACAGCCCCUACCGCCAGAUCUUACCAGCGACGAAGACACCAUCUCAGACUCCGAGGGCGAAGCCGAAGGUGGAAUCGUGUUGGAGCCUUCCUCACCGCCAGGCACCACCUCUCAUGCUCUACCUGACACAAUAGAAUAUGGCUACGGAUCCGGUAAGAUCCGGCCGCCUCAAGCCCAAAACGACGUUAAUGGCUCAGUCGGCGGCGAAAAAGGCUGGGCCGAGCGCAUUGAAGAGACAGACGAGAUGAAACUGAAGCGCCGCGAAGGCCAGAGAAAAGCAGACGAGCGCGAAAUGGUGCGUAAAGCAGCGAGACGCGGAUGUGCCUUUGGCUUCACAGUCCCCGAUGAGCCCGAGAAGAGAAAGUGCGAGGCCGUCAUGAAAGGCGCUGUUGUCGAAGCGAGCUUUGCAAAGGGCGAAUGGGGUGUCAGAUGGCGAGAACGGAUAUAA